AUGCUGGAGAAUGGCUCCUUAAGGAACUGCUGCGGGCUGGCCUUGGCCGCCGCCGCGGGGGCAGCAGGAGGGGAGGCGGCAGCGGCCGGAGCGAACCCGCCGCGCCCGGGCUGGGUGGUGACGGCGCUGUCCGGCGUGCUGAUCUUCACGACCGUGGUGGACCUCGUGGGGAACCUGUUGGUCAUCAUCUCGGUCUUCAAGAACCGGAAACUCAGGAAUGCAGGUAAUGCAUUUGUGGUUAGCCUGGCUUUGGCAGACUUAGUGGUGGCCUUGUACCCUUAUCCAUUGGUGCUGGCGGCCAUUUUCCACAAUGGCUGGGCCUUGGGGGAUACGCACUGUAAAGCGAGCGGCUUUGUGAUGGGGCUGAGCGUCAUCGGCUCCAUUUUCAACAUCACGGCCAUUGCAAUAAACCGAUAUUGCUACAUAUGCCACAGUUUUGCGUACGACAAGGUGUACAGCUGGUGGAACACGAUGCUGUACGUCUGCUUGAUCUGGGUCUUGACGGUCGUUGCGACCAUACCCAACUUUUUCGUCGGCUCCCUCGAGUACGACCAGCGCAUCUAUUCAUGCACGUUCACACAGACUGCUAGUUCUUACUACACGAUCGCCGUCGUCGUCAUCCAUUUCAUCGUACCAAUCACCAUUGUGAGCUUCUGCUACCUGCGUAUCUGGAUCCUGGUGAUCCAAGUAAGGAGGAGGGUCAAGUCAGAAAUCAAGCCAAGGCUGAAGCCGAGUGACUUCCGGAACUUUCUUACCAUGUUUGUUGUCUUUGUGAUCUUUGCCUUUUGUUGGGCACCGCUGAAUUUCAUUGGACUGGCCGUCGCCACUAACCCUUCUGAGAUAGCACCCAAAGUUCCCGAGUGGUUGUUCGUUGUGAGCUAUUUCAUGGCCUACUUCAACAGUUGCCUUAAUGCAAUAAUCUAUGGACUUCUGAACCAAAACUUUCGGAAGGAAUAUAAACGGAUCCUGAUGUCACUGUGGAUGCCUAGGCUGUUUUUUCAGGAUACUUCCAAAGGUGGGACUGAAGCUCAGAAGAGUAAACCCUCUCCGGCUUUAAAUAAUAAUGACCAAAUCAAAACUGAUAGUAUGUAAAUAUAUGAAAAUUGAACGCUAAAGGGUAUCUUUUUGUGAACUUGAAAUUCUGUAGGGUUUAAGGUUGUACACCUCAUCCUUGCUGACUCUGUUCUCUGCGUUCCAGCUGAAUGAUCUACCUUGAUGACUGGGAUCCUGUCUUCUCAACAAACCAAGUUCUGUUUACACGUCUGUAAUUUAAUCAUUAGGCACUAAUGUGAAGGCUUGAGAGUUCAGAAAGCAGAGGCAGACGCACCUGCUAUGUUUUGUUUUUAAUUGUUUGAAAGCCAGUCUUUGGAUUUGGAUGUACGCACAGGAACAACCAGUAUGUCGUUCAUGUUUUUAUAAAAUAUGGUUCUCAGGAAGUAGUAUACUUGCACUGUCUUUUGAAGAAUUAUGGUAGGUGACGGUUUAGCCAAAAAAAAAAAAAAAACACUUAUGGAUUUGUGUAUGAAGCUGGAUGCAGCCCUUUUCUAGAUGAAUGUUGUCCAGACAUUAUCCCCCACUCCUCAGCAGCUAGGGCUUGCAGGAUUUAAUGUCCCAGGACAUUUUGAUCUGCAAAAAACAUCAUCUUCCACCCCCUCAGGCAUUCCUGCUUUCGCUGAGCAUAGGCGCAAAUCUGUACAGUAGUUAUUUUCCUAAGCAACAAUAUAUUUGUGUGAAUUAUUAAUGUGGGCAUGUUUGC